UGAAUAUAUUCCUAAGUUCAGAUCGUUUAAAUUGUGGUGACACGUUGAUUCGCUGACGAGAGCCAAACAACGAUACAAAUAGAAGAGAAGAGAAAAUCUGCUUCCCGCAGUGGAAGCGAUCGUUUCACAAUGAAUGAUCGUCGAAGGUCAGUCAAGGGUCUCCAGCAUCCUGAGGGUGGGUGUGCCGGAUGCUGACCUUCUUGCACAAUGGCUGUGGCUGCACCAUCAACGGAUAUGAUUUGAAGGGAUCAACCAGGGGCGCGGUCGGGAUCCUAGAGUGGUAUAUAAAGUCCGACCAAGUCGUCCGUGGGCACACUCAGCAAUCGGUCGGUCGGCAAGAUGAAGGCCUUCUUGAUUCUGGGAACUUUGUUCGCCUUCGUGGCAGCUGCACCACGACUGCGCCGGGAAGCCAUUUACGGUGGAUACCAUGGUGGACAUUACGGAGGUCAUCUCGGAUACAGCCACGGUGUGGCGCUCGCUGGACCAGCUCUAGGUCCAACCAGUGUUGCUGGACCUCAUCUCGGAGCAACUGUGGUGGCUGCUCCUUCCAUAGGACCAGCUAAGCUUUCUGGAUCCAUCGCUGGACCGGUUCAUGUCUCCGGUGCUGUUGCUGGCUCUGCCGUUGUUACUGCUUCUGUCGCUGGACCAGCUCACGUGGAGGGUUAUGGUGGUCCCUACGACGGUGGAGUCGGUCUAGGAUACGCCAGUCCAGCCUACGGUUACGCCGGAUAUCCCGGAUACGCUGGAUACGCAGGACACGGUAGUCACGGAGUGGUAAUUGCCGGACCAGCAUCGCAUGGUGCGAUUCUCGCUGGUCCAGCGUCCCAUGGCGCUGUCCUUUCUGGUCCACAUUCCGGAAGCGCCGCUGUAUCCGGCCCCCAUGCCGGCUCUGUGGUAAUCGCUGGCCCCUCUGGCAAAAUUACUACCCACGGGACUGGUUUCGGUGGAAUCCACACUGGCCACGGUCAUUGGUAACGAACGGGUAGCUGGUGAAAGAACGAAAGGAAUAAAAUUUGAAAACCUCUCGGUCGUAUCCGCUCGUAUGAACUGUCAGUGGAGUUGAAUACGAUAUUGAUAGAUCGUAAUUUCAAACUUUUAUCAACCUAGUAUGUAUAUAUAUAUAUAUAUAUACACAUGUGUUUCCGCUAUUAAAUAUUACA